AUGGAGCAGUGCUUGCACCAGCUGCAGACCGGCCGAGUCACCAUUUGCCCCUGCCUCAUGUCUCAAGAUCUGCAGAUCUUGGCUGCAGCCCCCCCACGUCCUGUCGCUUCGAAUCGCCUCAACGGGCAACGGCUGGACUCGGAGCUUAGUGUUGGUGGGAAGGCUGUGUGCUUGCUACAGAGGGCCAUCCAGCACUGGAAGAAUCAAACAGCCGAAGGACAAAGAGCCUAUGUGGUGCUCUUGGAAGAAGAGUUGCUGCAGAUGAAAGGCAGUGACGGCAGUGGCUUCUCCACCAAGCAGCUCCGGUCCAUCCUCCGUCGUGCGGUGGCGGCCCUGUCGCCACCACGCUUGCGCGCUGCAUCGACAGAGGCAUCCGAGCGCCAUAAUGAUUGGGUACAUGUGGAGCGUGACCUGCUUGCAAGGUUUUUUGCCGGUGGACUUGGGAAUUCAGGGACACCGCAAGGUGUUUGUGCAACAAUAAUGCAAGGUGAGAGCUGCCAAAGCUCACCGACAUGA